CAGAGCGUCAGAGCGUCGGUGCAGAAUAUCUCGCCCUGAGCUUUACCUUGAUUUAUUUUCUUUUUACAACUUUUUUUUUUUUUACCCCCGCCCCCCAAAAAGUAAACUUAAUUAUUAAUGAAGAACAACCGAGUUUGACGCUUGUUUGUGAAAAGUCCCACAUCGAGGCCUGUGCCUGCAUGGAUUCUUGUGAUGAACUUAUUCUUCACGGUUAGGACUGCCGACAGAAAGAUAAACCAAUCAGCAGAUGUGAGAAACCUGCAAUGGAGCACUGAUUGGCUGCAUGUUAGGCCUGACGGUCCACACCAGAGGAGCACAAAUCCAAUCCUGGCGUCUGAUUAAAGGGAACUGGACAAACAGCAGACUGCCCAGUGAUCCUUCCCUGCUUCACAUCAAAAAUUUGCUUUUACUGAUCAUGUCUAACAAAGCAAGGUCAACGCGCAAUUCAAGAUGAACCCUUAUGUCAUUUCUCACUUCAGGCAGGAUUUAUUCCCCCAUUUUUAUUUGUUAUAAACCUGUAUUUUUCUGUAUUUGCACAAAUAUCAAUGCUGCUGCUCUCUGUUGCUUUGGGUAGUUUUUGUAUUUUUAGUGGUAUGACUUUUGGUUCUGAGGUCAUUUUUUGACCAAGAGCCUUUAUUUUCAUAUAAACUUGUUAAGCAAGGUAAUUCAACAAGCACAUUGUCAUUUGCACGGUAUAUUUGCAUAACAGUUUUAAUUUAAUCUUAAUGAUUCAUUUUAAAAAUGUAGUGCAUGUUGUUUUUUUUAAAUUCUCAAAAAAAAAAAUUUUUUGCUGUCUUCGUCAAACAACGAAGACUUAAGAGAUUUAAAUCCACAGAAAUGUUUUCCCUUCAUGGCAGCUUAUUUUUCAGUAAUUUGUCUAUCUUCUGCUAAUGCCAGCUUUCUCACCUGCGCUCAAAUGCUGAGAACUUUAAGAAGGUGAUCUGUGUACUUACCUUUAUUUGACAUUUGAGUUAGUCAUUUAGAAACUUAAAAUGAUUGGUUUCUCUUGAGAUAGAUCAUAGUAAUCUUUCCUUGUUGUUUUCUUCCCCACUUUUGUCAGGUGUUAAGGGAUUUUCCAGUCAUAAUGCAGUUUUGUAAUGAGGUACGUCCGUUCUGAGGUGUUGUCUCCUGCCGGUGAUCAUUAGAAGUAGAAGUCUAAACAUUAAUAUUUGCAGUAAAACAGUUCACAAUGUCCACCAAACAGAUCUGUAGUCUUUUAGGAAGUAAAUGUGAGAUAGUGAAAGCUGUGACAUGAUCAAGUAAGGAAUAAUGACCUUAUAUAACAUUUAGUUGGGCUUUUACAGCAAAAGUGACCUUCCUACUUAUCAAUUUAUUAAAACAGUUCAAGUGAGCUACACUUUUAGUUUUUAUGGUUUGUAUUUACUUUUUUGUGAUGACAUAUCUAGUCUAAAACAGGACUUUUAUUCUGCUGUCUUUUUUUUACCUCACGCUAUUUCCAAGUGGAUGUAAACCUGGAAAUAUCUUUCAUCGUAAGACUCUGCAUGAUUUUUACUUCUAUUUUUCUGCAUGUUAUUUUCUGGAAUAGUUUGCUCAAACAGAAGUGAAAUAGGUUUUGUUUUGCUCUUAUUUGCAUUGUUAUGAAAUGUAUGCCAUCAUGAGCUUAGUGAUCUUAAAAUGCUUCUAUUUGCAUUACCCAACUGCAAUGCAGUUUCAGUUUAUAUUCUUCAUCAAAUGAUGCCUGCUCCAAACCUCUACACCUUCUUAUUGGUUUAAACUGAACAUAACCAGCCCUGCAUGCUCUUGUGUCGCAUGCUGAGGUCAGUUCUCCCCUGAAACACCCGGAAUGAACUUUCACAUGAACGCAGUCGCAAAAUAGGGACUCCUUGGCUUGCUUUUGUCAACCUCCACUUCAGAUUACCUGAUUUUAUUUACUUCAAAGAUUGGGUCUACCAAUGAAUAUAAUUACAUAAGGUCCCACUUUUUCUGAACAAUUGAACAAUUAUAUACUUUGGAAAACCAAACAACCGGUUGUGGAUGAUGAAACAAAUGCCUGUUUGGAUUGGUGGUCAUUGCUUGGAUCUAAUUUUUUAAGAAAGACUGGAGGACUUUGAGGGUAAAACCCUUUAAUAAAUCUACUGACUAUACCAAGCCACACUGAGACAUACAGAGAUUUUACUUCAGAUGAUGGGAGCGGCACGUGUCAAACGUCGCUUCAGUGCUGUGGUGGAUGGGCCAGUGGAGGAGGAGGAGGUCAUGAGGCUAGCACAAAGUGCAAGGGCAGGAGAGAGUCCAACUGGGUCAGGAAGCCCAACCAGCUCAUCUCCACUCCAUGCCCUGAAUGGCAAAGCUCUACCUCUUCAGUGCAACACAAACAACGCACAGACGCAGAGUGCUGUGGAUGAGCCAGCUGGUGGAGAUGCUGGAGGAGAAAGCAGAGUGAGAGCAGGAGGAAUGUGCCCAGGUCCAAGGAAUACCAAAGGCGGUAGUGAGGGUGGGAGAGUGGAAAGAUGUUCUUCAGCAGACCAGGAUUCCCUCUCUUCCCCCUCCACUACCAGCCGGCGUCGCACCAAGCGCUCAAACCGCCGGCCCCGACAACGCUUUGUGGGCAAGGACGGACGCUGCAACGUCACCUUCGUCAACAUGAGCGAGAGGGGCCAGCGGUACCUCACCGACCUGUUCACCACGUGUGUGGAUGUACGAUGGCGCUGGAUGCUGGUCAUCUUCACGCUCUCCUUUAUUCUUUCCUGGCUUCUCUUUGGCUUUGCCUUCUGGCUCAUUGCCUCUGCACAUGGUGACCUCUCCAUUCAGAUUACCCCCAGUUCCGGUUCUUCUCCCGGAUCAGGAGACGCCGGCUCUGGAGGAGAGUCUGAUAGAGAUACAGUGGUAGAGGAGCCAUGCUUCCUACAAGUAAACAGCUUCAUGGCAGCCUUCCUGUUCUCCUUGGAGACGCAGACAUCCAUCGGUUACGGAUUCAGAAGCGUGACCGAAGAAUGUCCCCUGGCAGUGUUGGCGGUCGUUUUGCAGUGCAUCGUGGGCUGCAUUAUUGACGCCUUCAUCAUUGGGGCAGUCAUGGCGAAGAUUUCCAAGCCCAAGAAGCGCAACGAGACUCUGGUGUUCUCUGAUACUGCUGUGGUGGCCCUGAGAGACGGAAAACUGUGCAUGAUGUGGAGGGUGGGAAAUCUACGGAAGAGCCAUCUGGUUGAGGCGCAUGUCAGAGCACAACUACUGAAGCCAAGGGUGACACCAGAGGGGGAGUAUCUGCCACUCGACAAUGCAGACAUCAACGUGGGUUUUGAUACUGGCACAGAUCGCAUAUUUUUGGUCUCUCCCGUGACUAUAGUGCACGAAAUCAAUGAAGAGUCACCUUUUUUCGAGAUAGACAAAAAAGCCUUGAAGAAUGACUCUGAAUUGGAGGUGGUGGUCAUACUUGAAGGGAUGGUGGAGGCCACAUCGAUGACAACACAAUGCCGCAGCUCCUAUCUGGCUUCUGAAAUCUUAUGGGGACACCGUUUUGAACCUGUACUGUUUGAGAGGAAAAACGGCUUCCAGGUUGACUAUUCAUUUUUCCACCGGACCUACGAAAUCCCAAACACUCCGUCAUGCAGUGCAAAAGAGCUGGCCGAGCAGAGGUACAUCGGAAGCUCAUGCUCGUCCUUUUGUUACGAGAAUGAAGUGGCCCUGGAGCUCGCCUCCCCAGAUGAAGAAGCAGAUCGAGAACAUGGCUGUUCUCCCCAACCCACCCGAAGACCAUCCCUGCAAGAACAUCUUCACUGUAACUAAGCAUGGAGAGUUGCAGUCUGCUGAACAGAGAACAGGCAGAGCUUCAGGGGAAAACACAAAAAAGACAGAGUCAGGCAAGUUUAUUUGGGCAGACCAAGCAAGAAGUGAAAAUCAACUAUUUAAGCAUUGCCAGAUUUGUUAGAUUUACAUGGGAACCCAGUGUUAAACACGAGAGAGAGGAAAAAGUUAGAGAAGGGUUUGGGGAGUUUAGUCACAGCUCUGACCUAGUUGCCUGAUUGGGCCUGGCGGUCUUUCAGAAUCAUUGAAAACUUGUUUAAGUCUCACAACUGGCCCAUCACUUCCACAGCACAGUCAUCUGACUCUAAUCCCUGAUCAGAAGGAUGUGCAGCAGCUCCACCUGCUGGCUACAACUCGCCACUGGCUCUCAGUGAUUCUGGACUGGAAAAAAUAGCUUCUCUUUCAGCUGCUGUUGUGACAUAAGUUUGUUGCUACUCAGGAAUGCAUUUUCAAAACUAUGCUGACUUAUCACUUCAGUGUUUUACUGUCCAAUGGUAAGUAUAGUUGGUGUCCUUUCUGUAAUGCUGGAGAAUGGGUACUUUGGUAUUUGAGCAGAAAUCCUCAUUGCAGACCAAACGUGACAAGGAGAAGCUGUUGGAAACCAGCAGCAGUUUUCAACAGAUUCUCCUUGCUGAGUGUAUUGCAUGCUUUCUUCUUUUUUGUUUUGUCUUUUGUCAGAUUUUUUGGCUUGCUAAUAAUGUUACUGACUUAUUUAAUACAUUUUGAGUUGAUAUUACUUAUUUGUUUUCAGGAGAGUCUAUGGUAAGGUGAUGAGGCACAGUCGGACAGAUGAUAUUGACUUUGUCCAGAUGAUCUGUUAAUCUUGCAUUUUUCUUGCUCUAAUAUCUUCUGAAUCCUGAUAUGUAAUAUCAGCAAGAACAUCUUUUUGUUGCGAUUCUCUGUCAUUUUUGGAAAAUGUGCUUACUGAGGGAAGGUGUUAUAGAUUGUGAAGUGUUUCAGUCGCUGCUGCUGGUUCUGAAUUUGACACAAAAGGACUUCAACCUCAGAAAACCUCAUAAAAUUGUGACUCAGCUGACUGGAGUCGGACAGAUUUUAUGAUGAUGGCAAGAUUUUGAUGUCUUGUUGUUUCUGCGUAUGUAAAAACUGUCUUUUAUUUGCACAAGUGGACUGAAACAUCAUAUUUAUAAGAUAUUAAUUUAUUUUAAGCUCAAUAAAUUGUGUAAAAGCUUUCUAAUUGAAAUAUAUUACAGAUGGGUUCUCUGUGAAAACGUGGUGCCUUCAGAAAUGUAGCUACAGCCCCUUCAUCUGCAGCUGUUUAUUUUAUGUAUUGUGCUUAAAGACAUUUUUUGUUAUACCCCUUUUCUUCAAAAGAAUCAACUUUUGGUUAGUAAAAUUAUAUUCCUUUUCCAUGGUACUUGAAAGUUUGAAUUUCCAGUUUUCAGAACAAAAAGAAAUGCUCUGGAAUGCCCUAUGAAGUUUGAACUUCUAAUUGGAAAGUGAGAAGUUUGGCUGCUCUGCAUGUAAGAUGUAGUUAAAUAUGCAGAAAUAACCAGUUUAUUUGUUUUUCUGUUAUAUCAGUCCUUCACAUUGUGCAAUAUAAGAUCUAUUUUGGGAUUAUGGUGAGUGCUGAAUGGUUGAACAGUUGUUUGUGAUAUUGCCCUGUAGUAAGAAGCUUCAUGUGAGCACUCCCACUCCCUCCAUUCUCCAAAAAUAUGCAUGUUAUGUGUAAAUGGCUACCUUAACUUGCCUUGGGAUUGAGCAUGUGUGUGCAUAAUGGUUUCUCUCUCAGUUUUACCACUGGGAUAGACUGGUGACCAGUCCACCUCGUACUUACCCUUAUGGUCCCCCACAGAAAAUAGUGUAGAGACUGAAUGGAUGGAUGUUCAUUCAGUGUAUAAAUGCUUACAUUUUACAGAAUAUUUUAAGAAGUUUUGUGAAAUGUUAUUGGCAGGUAGUAUUUAAUCAGGGUUGUUCGUCAACUCCACUGGUUUUCUGCUUUACAACAGGAACAAUGCUACAUUUCAAAUUGGAGCCUUUGUUUGGGAAUUAUGUAACACCUGAGUUAAUCUUGUUUUAUAGGAAGCUGGCAAGCAGGUGAUGUUUUGCUUCAAAGAGGUCCUACAAGUUUGUUGUAUGCAUCUGAACAAAGACGAAAUAUGCAAAUUAAUGCCACACAGUGCUGGGUAUGCCAUAGGUCAAUGAGAUCCAAACCAUCAGAAAUUAAAACGUACAGUUUAUUCCUGCAAUUCAUGCCAUGUCAAUAUGCAGAGCAGCCACAUUGACUCUGAUUCCUUACUCCCCAAUUGAAAGUUAUGACUUCAGAGAGUGCUGUAUUUGAUAUUUAAUUUUUCUAACUUGUAACUUGGUCGUUCUGCCUUCCUAGUUCAGGUGGAAUUGUAUGUGAUGUAAUUCUAGGUCCAGAUUUCAGAGGCUGUUGAAACACCAAUUUUUGCUAAUUCAUUCAGCAAUUGAGCAGGUACACAAUGAGCACAAAGUGAAUGUUUAAGAAGCUAUGUUUCGUCAUUAUACCACAGAGUAUAAAAUGUGCACUUUCUAGUUAUUUUACAAAGCACUUUGAACUUUUGGGUGUGUUUUAUUCUUUUACAAGUUAAUGUGAAUCACACAGCCUAAGUUGUUAAAUGUUUUAAGUGUAAAGGAAGCAGCAUGUGAAGAGUUACCUAAAUUAGCCUGUCUAAUGUACAACCUGUAAUUUUGUUCCUUGAGUUUUGCACAAAAGUAAAAUGGCCUAUAUACUGCAGUGUCCCAGUAUUUUUGUAGAAUCAGAUGCCGUGUCAGACGAAAGGCUUUGCAACGUCAGGAGGGACUGUGUUUUUAACUAGUAACAUUUUAUUUGUUAACAUCAGUGUUAAUACUGUUUCCUCUCACUUUUCUUCUUCACUGCUUCCAUGUCCUAUUAAUAGUCUCCACAGUGGCCCGUGUUAUUCACCCUGCCUCCACUGCCACCACAUGUAAUUUGAGCCCAAAACACCAUCACUUUCGUAGCAUCUUUUGAACUUCAGAAGAAACUGUUUGGCUGACAUUUACUUUUCACAAUACAGCUCAACACAUUUUAAUACUUUGCAAUAUGCUGUGAUGCCAUCAUUUAAAAAAAAAAAAAAAAAAAAAAACUAAAAGAAAAUUAUUAAAGGUUCCAAUGAUGUUUUUUGAUUGUUUGUUUUAAGAAUGGGGAUUCUCUAUUUUACUUUGUAAUUUAGAGUGACAUCAGGGACAGAGCACUUCCAAAUAAAACACAAUUGUUUGUCGAACAAAUAAAAUAAACUGAUGCAACUGCAAUGA